CUUUUAUAUUAAUUGAACACCAUGCUUAUUAUGUUCUUUCUGAUACGUGACAAAUAAAAGUUGCAGCAAUCGAUAGAAUCAGAUAGAAAAGUGACGCCCGAGAGCAAAAUUAAAGACUCAAAAUUUUAAAUUUUGAUUGUUACAAAAUUAGAAAAUUCAUGUUUGAAUCUCAAAAAAAAUACAACAGGCUUGAUAUAUAUAAAAAGUGAUAGAGAAACUGUCCUCAAAAAGUACGUUUUCUUGUUAAAAAUCUCAUUGUAUUGAAUCAAAAAGAUGAAAUAACCCGCGAAAAUUACAAUCUUAGAAUUCAUAUUCAUUUAUGAUUGUUUUGAAGUCGUAAAAAGUAAAUUCUGCAGAAAGAUUCCAUAAUUAUUAAUAAAAAAACAAUGGAUCCUGUGGGCCCAUGGUCAUACACUUAUAAUAGACUAGCAACUGUUCAACCAUCGUCUACGACACCGACAAAUGGAGAUUUUCAUCAUCAUUUAGCAACUAUUGCUGCUGCAUCAGCUCAUAAUGCAACAAUUGGAGGAAUUUGUGUAAGUUCUCCCAGUGGUGUUAAUUCGUCUGGAUCAACAGUUCAAAGAGCAGAUUUUGCGGUUCAUCCUGCAACAUCUCAAUUGCUACUUCAAUCAGGCUUCAGCGCUUCCAACUUUCUACCGUCUGCUCCUCCAUCAUCAGCACCUCCAAAUAUUGCAUAUGAAACAGUAUUUUCACCAUUUCUCCAUACUCCUAAUCCAAAACCAGCACAUUACAAUAAUAUCCAAACAACUCACAGACAAAGACCUGAAAAUUAUCAGCAAACAAAUCAACAUAUAGCGAUUGUAAAUCAACAACAGCAAAGUAGUAGAACAAGGGGCAUCGGAAGUUAUAGUCAACAAUCACCUAAUUCAACGACUACAACAAAUAAUUCAAAUUCAAAUACAAGUGGAAAUUCUGCAUACUUUGAUCAAGUGGCAUCAACAGUAUCACCAGCAUCAGUAACAACUGAGCCUGCAUUUAAUUCGUUUGGGCUCAUGCCUCAUGAAACAUUAGUGCCAUCUUCAAUUAAUAACGGAUCUUCACCAGUAUCCUCAACAAAUUCCAUAAGUAAAUCAUCGUCCUCCGCCUCAAAUUAUGUAAAUUACAAUUCACAAUACAGUAAUGUUAUUGUUGGAGGAACAACAACUACAACUGCAUUGCAACAUCAACAUCUAAAUUCAAGAUCCAGUCGUGGAAAUACUUCGCCAUCUCCCCAAAUACCAUCAUCUCAUCUCAACUUGAACAAUGGACAAAAGUUCUAUCACCAGUUACAAUCAUCUCUGUCAGUACUGUCAGAGUCUACAACUAACAUUAGCACGACACCUAACGCUACAACAACUAAUAAUUCUAUGGCAAUGAAGAAUAAUAAUCUUAACGUUAUUAAUUUCAAUAAUAACAAAGGAACUACGGAUUAUGUUCAAAACAAAAACAAUAAUAUUAGCAGUCAAAGCAAUACCCGAAAUCAAUCGAAAAUCAACGACUUACAACAACAAAGCGCGAUAGUUCAGCAAAAUCUCAAUAUGACGACUAAUUCUAAUUCAUCAAGCCAACAAAUGAAUGAGAGAAAAUAUAAUAUUCCGUCUGAAAUGAACAAAGGAUUCAUGGCGAGUUACUUGAAGUUUCUUCAAGGUGAACGUGAUGCAACUUCACCACCUCCAAUGCAUUCAGCAAGAGGAGGAAGAAAAUCGACAGUGUGGCAAUCAAGCCAACAAUCCAGGAAUUCUAGCUGUUCUUCAAAGAAGACAGCUGAUAAUAAUGAAACACCUCAAUUAGAGUCGAAUUCUUCUGUGUCAACGUUUCAUAAAGAUAGGAAAAGAAAAAAUAAUCUGAAUAAAGUUGAGAAUGCCCGUUUGGUAGCUGUCGAUGAUACUUCCAGUGGAACAAGUUUAAAUGUUACUGAAAAUAUAGUCAAUAGUCCUAUCACAACUAACACUCCAAGUGUAAUCAUCAAUCAGCAGCAGGCUGCAAACUAUCAUCAACAACAGCAGCAUCAACUUCAACAGCAACAAAACGCAGCCUUUUCUAAAAAGGUGCGUUUAACGUCAAAUGUCCAACAAUUGCCAGCUUCUCACCUACAUCAAGCUCAAUCCACAACGGGCCAUCAACAUUAUUAUCAACAUCAUCUAACACCUUUAACAGCAGUUUCAACAACUAGUACAACUUCAUCAAAUGAUUCUACUGUUACAAGUCAAAACCUUAAUCCCAUUUAUAAUCCUCAUCAUCUUUUCUCACCUCAUCACACAAGUAUGCACACACCAUCACAACAGAAUCAGCAAGCAGAUGAUUUAACAUUCAAUUAUUUUGAUCACUUGAGACGACCAAGGUGGUAAAUGAUGUUGCCUGAUGCGCCUAACAUUAAGAUGUGAUUUCAUAAUUUUAAAUACCUACUUGCAUAAAAAUAUAUCUGAAGAAGCACAAGGCAGUCAUCGGUCAAUAUUUCAAAAAAAUGAAGUGACACUUUUUUUAUUUUUGUUUUUUAAUUAUCAUCACCAGGUCUAAGACAGGGACUAAAAAGCCCCUCACCCGACUGUUUAGAGCAAUCGGGAAGCAAUGGACAUUUAUGACAAUGACAACACUUUUCAAUUUCAAGGGAAAUUGGGUUGUGCUGACUAGUCACUCCUGUCCAUUUUGCAAUUUGUUUUUCAAACUUUUAGAAAAAAUUCUGACUCCCAAUAUUCUUUCUAUUAAACCACUUUGUGUUUCUCCGUUUGCAUGAAAUAUCUUUAUAUGCAUUUUAGAUAUUUUAAGUUUGAACAACUACAGAAUUUGUGUUGUAAAUCAGGAAAGAUUUACGUAAUAUGCGUUAAAUAUUUAUGAACUAAUCGUUUAUUCCAUUUUCAUUAACACUUCGAAAAGAAACACAUUGGGGGAAAAUAUGUAAGGAAGUGAAAUAUUUCGACAAGAAAAAAACGAAAAUUAAUCAGAAUUUUCGUGAGUUUUGUGCUUAAAAUGAAAUCAAAACUUUGAGAUUUUAACGAUCAUUAAACUGUAUCUAUGUAUAUAAUAUUUUGUAGUUUUAAAAUAAUAAAAUAAAGUUUUGAAAUUAAGAUGCAUAAAACA